AAUUACACAAUUUUCCUGUCCUGCUAAGCUUUCAAAAUGGAGCGAGUACAUUUGGGUGUCAAGGAAAAUGUAUGGAGUAAAAAGUAGAAGUUGUCAAAAAUAUAAAUAGUAAACUAAAGUACAGAUACCCCAAAAAACGACUUAAGUAUUUUUACUUAAGUACUUUACACCACUGCCCUCAUGUAUCCUAUGGGGUGGAUAGCCUGUACAGCUUAUAUUACAACACCGCUUUCUGCAACUCUCCCCCCCCCACACACACACGGGCAUUGUCAUGUCCUCCAGCUACCACUGCGCUCACAUACUACCUGUUAUCAAUGGAAGGUAGACACAGUAAUAUGAGGUUUUAGGUUACUCCACUCAUACUCAACCAGGUAGCCAGAUCUGUCUAUUAUUUUGCCAAAUCCUCUAUUGUUUGUUUUCAUGCUAGAGGAGUUGAGAAAAGAACCAACAGAUGUCACUGCUAUCUCACCAGAUGUAACAUGCUGUCCUCUGGUGUUUCCCCAGGCUGGAUGCGUGUGAACGUGGGCGGGAGCCAGGCGGUGUCCUACCUCCAGCGUCUGUUCCAGCUGAAGUACACUGGUCACCUGGCGGCCGUCACCCUCUGCCUCAGAGAGCUGCUCCACAAACACAGCUACACAACCACCAAGAGCUGGAGAAGUGGCGCAGUGCAGAGUUCUAUGAGCAGGAGGUGCACCGCAUGUAGCUGCACUUCUCUGCCAAGGUUCUGGGCGGCGUGGUGAUUGUGGAGGAGAUGCAGGAGAGACGCGCCCAGCAGCUACGCAUGCUGCAGGAGAUAAACGCCUGGCACAGGGAGGAGAUGCUGCAGCAGGACCAAGAGCGUCUGGAGAAACUAUUGGCCCCGCAGGCAAGAACCAUUAUCUUUUAACCACUUCGUCAACCAUGACCCUUAACUGCUGUGCAAUUCCACGGUCUCGGAAUUACGCAGAGUCCCCAAUUUCUCACUUAAAAUGUACUCCAAACAAAAACAUUGAUUUCAAAGUUUAAUAAACCGUACAACCCUA